AUGAUUACUACUAAACUUGAAGAUGUUGAUAAUCAAUUACAGGAUAGUCAAAUUCGAUGUAAUUAUUUAGCUGAAGAUAAUGACAAAUUAUUGGAACAAUUACGUCUUCAACGUAGACAACUUGAAGAAGAACAAUUAACAAAUGCACAACUUGUUGAACAAUUAACAUUAGAUUCAUCACGUAAAAUGUUUUCUCAUACCUUAAGUAAUACAGAAAGUAUUAUAAAAACUUCUGAAAUACGUAUUCAAGAUCUUGAUGCACAAGUUCGAGCAUUAAAAUUAGAAAAUGAAAAAAUUAAACAUGAAAAUGAAGAAUUACGAGAACGUGCUGUGGCAGUUGGUAUUAAUGAAGGUCGCCGAUUAAUGACUAAUCAAGGUUCAUUAUCGUAUGCUGCUGAACUUGAAGUUCUAUCGAAAGAUGAGUUGAUGAGCAAAUUGAGAGAACAACUUUUGGCUAAUGAUCGUCUACGUGAAUAUAUUGAACGAAUGUUAACUGUAAUCAUCGAAAAUAGUCCUCAAUUACUUGAAGUUACAAUGAAUGUUGGCACACAUGUUGGUUCUAUUGAAAUGCCAAUAAAUUCACUAACAAAUCAACGAAAACAAUCAUUAAUAAUAUCAUCGAAAGAAAUAGAAAAUAAAUCUAUUCCUCAUGAAUCGUUAAAAGCGACUGAAUCAACAAACAGUGAUUUAUCAUCUACAUCGACUGUAACAAAACAAUCAAAUAACAAGUAUUGUCUCGUGUAACAUGGAAUUCCACUUUGAUUUUCGGCUUAAUGCUUCUUGUUUCUUUAUUUUUCUAUUUAUUUGACGUCUUAAUCAAAGGCACCUUCUUCUGUGCGCUUUCUUCUUUAGUGUUUAUAUUAUCUUGUUUCGAUAAUAUUUAUCGUAUCACAUGUGUUUUUUUAUUUAGAAAUUCAAUUUCUUUAUAGCUAGUUUUUGUUUUGCAUGUC